UGAUCUAUGGCUAAUGAUCGCCGGCAGCCGCCUAUGAGCAUUGUGGGAUAUUGGAGGUGUCAUGGCGGCGGCAGCGCUUUGCCGACCGUUUUCAAAGAUCUUGAGGUUGACGGGAGUGACUUGGGGCGCGCCGGCGACUUCUUCUUCUAGAUUAAUCCUUAACAAUCUUCACAAGAAUGCUACAAAAGUGGAAAUAAUCCCUCCCUGUACGUUACUUCAUACCUCCUUGCCUCAAAAUGGGCUGGAAGAAUUUUUUGAUGAUCCCCAAAACUGGGGAAAGCCAGAAGUCAAAUCUGGGGACUCCUGGACAGUAGAACAGCUCCGAGGCAAGAACAGUGAAGAUUUGCACAAACUUUGGUAUGUCCUGCUAAAAGAGCGAAACAUGCUUUUAACGUUGGAACAAGAAGCAAAACGGCAGAGGCUGCCAAUGCCAAGCCCAGAGCGAUUAGAAAAGGUAAAAGAUUCCAUGGAAAGAAUGGAUCUUGUCAUUCAGGAAAGGGAAGAUGCUUUGCGACUGUUACAGACUGGCCAGGAGAAAGAGAUGCCAGGCGAAUGGAGAACUGACUUCUUAGGCCGCACCUUUUGGUACACGUUCAAGGAAUGGCCAAUCCCCUGGUACCUGAACAAACAUCAUAAUAGGAAGAGGUUCUACUAUUUGCCACGUAUCAACCGUUUUCUCAGGCUCAGAUUUGAAAAGUAUUUGCGCAAAGAAACAAAGAAGAGAAAUUUGCAGAAACAGCAAGAGAAGCGUUUACAGGAAAAAUUCCCUCAUCUCAAAAAUGCCACUCAGUCUCAGAGUUAACAUGGAGCGGCAAGUGUUUGAUAGACCUGGCAGCAUAACUGUAACGCCAUAUGGAAAUGUGACACAAAUACUCUGCCUCUGGAACUGGCUGUAAAUGGACAAAGAAUAAGGCAGGAUCUGUGAUGUGAUGUAAAACAAACUCAUUUUUUUCCUUACCAAAAUAAAAUUGCUCCGUCCUUCUUGUAAAA